GGGGGAAACCCGCGUAGUCGAGUGAGCCGCAGCGCGAGGAGAUGACAGGUUCUCACUGUGUAGUCCAGGCUGGUGUGGGACUGUCCAUCUUACUGCCUCAGCCUCCCCAGUGCUGGGAUUACAGGCCCCCAUCACCAUACCUGCUGGAGGGUUAUUUUCCUAUUGAGAUGUCUGGAAAGAGAUGGGCCAGGGAAUGAUGAGCCUAGGCAUGUGCUACUUACUGGAACUGGCUACUAGAGGAACAGAUUGAAAAAGGAGGCGCUUGAUUGCACACUGCUACUUUGACUGGAGUUUAAAGGUCAAGGCAGCAGGUGGCCAUGGUGGAAGAUUGGAGCAAGCUGCCAAUCAGGGCCAUUUCUGAUCCUUCUGCUUACCUGAGGUGGCAUGUGGAGCUCCCCAUCACCAUCCUGGUACUGAGAUACAGUGAUUUCCUGCCUAUUUGCUGUCACCCCCAAGAAUGGACCGUGGCAGCCUCCUGCCCUUCCAACUCUGGUGCCCCCGGCCCUUCGGCACCUACUCCCAGAACCAGCCACGCCCACCUGCUGCCCGCAAGCCGCCAGCCUGCCCAGAGCCAGGCAGCGGGACUGAGCCGGACCAUGGGCCUGCACACUCAGAGAACACACCACCUGCCUUGGCCGCAGAGGCCCCUGCCACCCAGCAUGCUCCACUCCUCUCUGCAGCAGCUGCUGGUGAUGAGGGUCGAGUCCUCUUGGACACAUGGUAUGUUAUCAAGCCUGGCAACACAAAGGAGAAGGUGGCCUUCUUUGUGGCCCACCAGUGUGGUGGAGGUAGCCGGGCCAGCUCCAUGAAGGUCAAAGGGCACUGGGGCAGUGACAGCUCCAAGGCUAAGAGGAGGCGGCGCUGCCUUGAGCCCACCAAGGCACCUCCAGAUCCAGGGGGCCAGGAAGGACUCCCUGCUGCCGAAGGGGCCCCCAACCCAGCUGGGGAUGACAUGGACCUGCUCUCUGUGGCUGAAAUGGUGGCCCUGGUGGAACAGAGAGCUGCUCUGGCCCUGCAGAGCCACCCACGCCCAGCCCCAGUGGUCUUUGUGUCAGCUGAGCAGGGGGGACCAGCCAAAGCGCUAGGGUCAGAACGGCGUUCUGGAAGCAGCAGCGACUGUAGCCGUGUGGCUGAGGCAGUGGCCCACUUUGAGGCCCAGCGGGACAGCCCUCCAAUGAAGGGCCUCCGCAAAGAGGAGAGGCCGGGUCCUGGCCCUGGAGAGGUGCGUAUUGCUUUCCGCAUCUCCAAUGGUCGAGAACCCCACACACCGGAUGGCAGCUUACCUAACGGGGUUGGGGGCCGGCCUGGUUGUCCCUAUCCUGGUAGCCCGGGUCCUGGGGCUCGAGCCAAAGACAAGAUCACCUGUGACUUGUACCAGCUCAUCAGCCCCUCCAGGGAUGCCCUUCCCAGCAAUGUGGAGUUCCUGCUGGCUAGGGCAGACGAAGCCAGUGAGGGUGAGACACCAGCCCCAGCCAGGCCUGAGGACACUCCCCCAGCACCCCCUCCACCCCCUGCCCGGGACUGUGGUGCAUCAGGGUUCCACGUGGACGUGGUAGUGACGGGUGUGGUGGACGAGUGCAUCUUCUUUGGCAAGGAUGGCACCAAGAAUGUGAAGGAAGAGACCGUGUGCCUGACAGUCAGUCCUGAGGAGCCACCCCCACCCGGCCAACUCUUCUUCCUCCAGUCCCGGAGCCCAGAUGGGCCCCCUGAGCUGCCCCCAGCUGAUGCACCAACCACAGUGCCAGGCCCUGAUGAUCCUGAGGGGACAACGGACACUUCCUUGUGCCGCCUGUACCGGCACGUGUCACAUGACUUCCUGGAAAUCCGCUUCAAGAUCCAGCGUCUGCUGGAGCCACGACAGUACAUGCUACUGCUGCCGGAGCAUGUGCUGGUCAAGAUCUUCAGCUUCCUGCCCACCCGGGCCCUGGCAGCGCUCAAGUGCACCUGCCACCACUUCAAGGGCAUCAUCGAGGCAUUUGGUGUGCGAGCCACGGACUCUCGCUGGAGCCGAGACCCACUCUACCGAGAUGACCCUUGCAAGCAGUGUCGCAAGAGAUACGAGAAGGGUGAUGUGUCACUUUGCCGCUGGCACCCCAAGCCCUACCACCAUGACCUGCCUUAUGGACGCUCCUACUGGAUGUGCUGCCGCCGAGCAGAUCGCGAGACACCCGGCUGUCGCCUGGGCCUGCAUGACAAUAACUGGGUGCUGCCAUGCAAUGGGGUGGGAGUGGGGCGUGCUGGCCGGGAGGAGGGGAGGUGAAGCCUGGGAACACCUGCCAUAGCCAGCCCCUUCCUACUCUGCUGGAAGCUGGGGAUCAGGACUAGGACCAACAUCCACCAUUUCAGGUGGCACAGAUCCCCACCAGAACUGGGACCGGGUUUGGGGAUCACCUGGGUAAAUACCGUGGUUGACCCCUGUUGAUUUUCUACUCUGCAGAGCCAGGGCCAUGGACCCUCACAGAGGGUUGUGCUUUUUUUUAAUCAGCAUCUCAAUUUGUCCUCCAUCCAGCCCCAGAACCCUCCUUGCCUGCCCACCCCAGGGACCCACCAGCAGAGCAGACGGCAGCUAAUUUUGGUACCAUAUGAGGUUCCCCUCUCAGGCUGGCCCUCCCCCUUCUGUGCCUGCCCCCAGUUCUUUUGUCUCGAGCUAUGUUCACCUGAGAGGCUGCAGUUCCCCCCUUUUCCAGGAUGGCACCUCCAGGCCAUCAGCUAGCAACUUGAAUUGGCACUUUUUUGUGACAACCCAUUAUUUCUAGAUGGUUUCCUCAUUAAAUAAAAAUCUAUUUUCUUCUUAACCUCAAACCACCCGUCUCUCCCUGUCCCCUAUAGGAGUAGUAGGGGUAAAAUCCCUCAAAUAUAGAGACCCCACUUAUUUAAGCUGUUUCCACUGACUCUUCCCCCAGUAAAGCUGUGAAGCCUCCUGAUGUGCUCUUGCUGGCGAGCAGGCCAGGAGGAUGAUGGGUCUGAAUUUCUAGGUGGCUGGGUAUUCACUGAAGCAUUGGUGUCUCUUCAACCCCAGCCACAAGUCUUUAGGUUUUUUUGUUGUUGUUGACUGGGACCUUGAUUUUUUUUUUUCAUGGAGUUUGGUCUAGGGUAUUUUUGUUUUGUUUGCAUUUUGUUUUUGUUUUGUUUCUUUUCCCCCAUCAUUCAUUGUGGUUUGGGAUGCUUCUAGAGUAUGGCAUCUGGCCAAUUUUGGAUUGGUCCUUUCUAUAAAAUCAGUAUUUAUAAGGCUGGGCCCAGACUGGUCUGUGUGAUGUUAAGGGGGCUUGUGGACAGAAGGGAACCAUGGGUCUGUGCUUCACAUGGUGAAUUAGCCUGGAAGGGUUUUUAAGUCUAUGUCACUUUGGAUUUUAAAAUCUCAAAAUAGUAGUAGCUUCAACAAGAUCAUUUUUAUUUCUCUCAAAAUCCAGUGUUGGGAGAGAAUGGAGCCCUCAGGUGAUCAUCGCAUGGCGCUUCACUGGGGUCUGAGAUGACUGCAGGAAUUUCUGCUGUCCCCAUUUUGCAGGAAGGGGAGCCCCUCCCUCCCUGAGGUGUCGCAUAUACUUGUGAAUGCCUUUCAUUGGUCAGAACUCGGCCAUCUAUGCCAGGCAUGGUGGUGCAUGCCUGUGAUUCCAGCACUUAGAAGAUGAGGAUAAGCCUUUAAGGCCAGUGUCAGUUACAUAGCAAGUUCAAGGCCAGUUUGGGCUACCUGAAAGCCUGUCUCUUAAAAAACAGUAACAAAAAACUUGGGCUGGGAGAUGGCUCAGCAGUUAAUAGCACUUAACUGCUUUUGCAGAGGACCCAGGUUGUGUUCCCAGCCCCUGUAUGAUGGCUUAACAACUCUCUGGUAAUUCUAUCUGGUGCCUUCUGUCCCCUAAGAACCAGGCAUGCACAUGGUGCACAUACAUAUAUGUGCAUACAUUCUGUGCUCAUAUGCAUAAAUCAAAAAAAAAUUUAAACAAUAAAAAUGCCAGG